UCGCAGUCCGCGGAGGAUCAAGGGCCAAGGAAGCCAGCUUUAGAAGCGUCAGGCUGGUGCAUCAUGAUUGGAAGAAGCAACUCUGCGGCCGCCGCGGCGGUGCUGCGCUCGUGGGGCUCAAGCAGCAAGGCGUCGAGAAGGAUCCCUUCAGCAAUAGCCUUCCCCAAGCUCACAUCUGCUACUCCAUCGCCUGCUUCCAGCACCGCUCGCAGGCUCAACUCGUCGUCCUCGACCCAGCAGGCGAAUUUAGGAAAGGGUCAAGCAGAUCCAGCGCUGCUGUCGCAGCAGGCAGCCGAGCAUGUAGGCCGACAGGCAGCGGACGAGCUUGACCAAUUCACUUCGCAGCCUUUCUCCGCUGAUGACAAGGCACUACGGCUCGGAGCCACGCAAGGCGCAAGAGGAGGUAACAGGAGCAGCUCAUCCAGCUCGAAACCUUACAGGCAAGCAGGUAGCUCCAUCUCGUCUCGGCUUCGCAGCAUAAUCUCAGGAUCGAAUAAGGGUGCUCCUUCGAAUGGCAGAGGCGCAUCCUCGGGCAGAGGGGCAAACGUACUCGGCGCUACAUCACACAGCCAGCGUAGCAGGCCCAGCCUUUCAAGCGCAAAUCGUAGCCGACCAGUUUCGGGUACAAACGAUGAUUCCGUUGCGAGUAUUUGCGCAGGUGCAGACACGGGGUUUGCGGAUGCGUUGAUCCCACCGCUCGAUCGAGCGUUCCUUGGCGCCGACGAGACCGACGCCGUCGUGGUUGAAGGGACCAAGCCGUACAGGCGCGCGCGGCAGGAGGGAAAAGGCGCACAGCGAACUUAUGCAAUGGGAGCAAAGCAAGGCAAGCGCGCGCCACCCAUUCCGGAAAAGACACAGAUGCUGCUUCAAGACGAGGAAGUAAAAUCAGCAAAGCGCAAGAAAAAGGAACAGGGAAAAGAGGGACUGUCUUUGCGCGCAGAGGACUCUGACGAUGCUUUAGAGGCAGCGGAAGGUGUGCGCGAGGAUGUGGAGGAAGGCGAAACACUGCCGUUGCCUCCCGCUGCAUCCGCGCGACGCUCUGUUCCCUCAUCCACUGGCAGACGCCUCAUUAGGGACCGCGCCUACGUCUAUAACCCUCAUAUUGCGAGCUCCAACGCGAUUCUUCCGCAGCUCAGAACAGAUUGGCAUGACCCGCUCACACAGGCACCCGCCUCCACAUUUUCACCCCUCAACGGCCAUGGCCACAUUUUCGGUCGGCCUCCGGUCUUGCCGCGCUUCCCGGGCAUGGGCUCCACCCUCCAAGGCGACCGUAACUUUUCUGGGACCGGGUCCACUAAGUCGCUCCUACAGCCUAUCGUUGUGCCUGGGCAUCUGAGGCACAAGCAAGCUAUGCAUCUCCUCAAGGUUGUACUCACCUCUUCCACGUCAUCCGGGGAAACGCAGUCGCAUGUCGGCCGCAUCGGAUGGGAAAGCCAGCUCGCGUCGCCGUCUGCCGGCGCGACUGCUGCAGAUGCGACGUCGACUGCACCUGCUUUGACCGCCGCCAAGGGCGCAGGGCACGACAACAACAACAAGCUUGUGAAGCGCAUCAGGUCGGAACGCAAGCGCGCCAUCGCCGAGAAUGUCGGUGGAGACUACUCGCGCUACGUUGUGAAGCCCUGCGAUUCCACUUCUUUGGAGGGUGCCUCAGGACGCCAGAGGCAGGCAGUCACAACUGCAGUGAUAGCGAUCGACCUCAAUGAUUCUCUCGCAAUUGACGCAAAACAGUUCCUCCGCGAUGGCAUCGCGGAGAAGCUGAAAGAGAUGAGAGCGUGAUGCAAAACGGCUCUGGCGCAUAUUGAUGAGGCGUGCUUCAUGUAUGGUGUCCGUCGCUGAUAUUAAUAGCAAACAAGUACGCAAGACGGGUUUUUAGUGCAAAA